AAGAUGGUAUGCAAACCUUGCGAUGAUGCGGAUGAUGAACCCAAAAAGGAAGAAAAGAAAGAGGAUGUUCCUAAGGCGCUACCAGCUCCGAAGAAAGCGGUAGUAGAAUCACCUGAAGUGGCCCGCGGCGUUAACGUAACGAUUCUUGGCGCUGAUUCACCUGUUGGACAUUACACUGCGUUGUUGCUCAAACAGUGCCCUUGUGUCAAACGGAUUCGACUUUAUGAAGCGAAGGACAGGCCAACGGAGCCUGAGCGAGAUAUAUGUAAAGUGGUGCAUGAUCUCCAACACAUAGAUACAAAUUGUGUUAUCCAAGCAUAUGGCGGCAGUCCAUCGGAGCUGAGCUUAUGUUUACAGAAUAGUCACAUAGUCCUGAUGCUGGAAAGUGAUGCGCAGAACUUGGAGUUAUCGCUGGAGACGCGAUUCUAUAGUAAAGCACCGCUAGUCAAGAAAUACGCAGAUGCCAUUUCACAAGAAUGUCCGCAAGCUUUUACCGUAAUAUGUAUAUCUCCUGUCGACUGUAUGGUACCUUUGGCUGUUGAGAUUUUUAAAGAUACUGGGUUUCAUGACCCUCGAAAACUGUUAGGCACGAUGUCUGUCGCCGAGAUGCGUGCGAGCACUUUGGCAGCGCGUGCUCUCAGCCUCGAGCCUCGGUACACCAGAGUGCCAUGUGUUGGAGGCACCGAAGGAGAAACACUAGUGCCUCUCUUCUCAAAAGCGGUCGAAUUCUUCGAUUUUGCGCGGCACAAUGCUGAACUAAUGACUGAGACAGUGCGAUACGCGUCGAAGGCUGUGGCUUUCAGUAAAUCGGCAGAUCUGAGCGAAGCCCAUGCACACGCUGGCCUGGUAAAGGCAAUAGCGUACGCCCUCCUGUGUCAAGAUGUACCAAGGGUGACUGGCUUCGUAGAAUCUGAUUCAUCCCAAAUCAUUUCACCAGCCAAAUACAUCGCAAACGAAGUAGAGCUCGACGCCCACGGCAUCUCUAACAAUUUCGGUGUGGCUCCGCUCUCGGACUACGAAAUGUUUCUAAUGCAUUUGGCCAUAACUGAGCUUAACUACAGGCAGAAAUUAGCUGAAGACUGGAAAAAGAAUUGUAUCAUUCAUACUCUUAACCAAUGCGAAAGAAACUAUUGGUUCACACCGAAAUCCACUGAGUUUAGUGACGUUGGUUUUAAUUGUGUGUGUUAGCUGCUAUUAGGGGCAUUACAAAACAUUAAAAAAUGCAAUGUGGUGUAAAACUCUGGUGAAUCUGUCGUGCGAUUUUGUCUCUUGUUUGUAAUUUUGUUUCGUUCUCAGUUAGUAAAGGUGUUAAUC